AUGAUCCAACAGAUCAGACGUCUUCAAAUGAGUACUCACAUCGUCAUUCCCAAAGGACCAUUCUAUCGGGCGGUUAAAGAUGUAGCACAAGGUUUCCCGACCAAAGACAAAACCAACUAUCGUUGGCAGAAGCAAGCAGUGGAAGCACUCCAGGAAGCAACUGAGCAAUAUCUCACAGAGAUCUUUCAAGAAUCAGUGCAUUGUAUGCAUCAUGCCAAAAGAGUCACCUUGAUGAAUAAAAACAUGCGUUUGUCCAUGUUUCUAACCAAGAAGUUUCAAGGGAAGGGUGGAGAUGGAGAUCUCAACAAUAAUAUGGCUAACCGAACCCCCAAGAAAAAUAACGAGGAGACAAAGGAGGACAACUAG